CAUACACAGAGAGAGGAGGACGGACCCUCUUCACACAGACACAGAGAGAGAUAGAGAGAGAGAGAGGGGAAGGAAGAGAGAGGAAAGAGAAAUGGAGGAAUCGCAAGAAAUUUUGUUGAAAUCUCUGGCGAACUCUGGGGUUACAAUCCCAACCGGCGUGUCUUCGAUCCGAGACCUCACGCCGGCCACUUUGGCCUCCAUCUGCGCUCAGUCACUGCGCCUCAUCGACGAUACGACGUCGUUCCCCACCUCUUUACCUGACUCCACCACCCACCAGUUCAAGCUCUCUUCAGAUCUCGCCGACGCCUUCAAAAACCUAGGUUUCGUCGGAGACAUGAGUUUCCACAAGUUCCUGUAUCCAUCUGAAGAUGACUUGUAUAAGUUGGUGAGAUUCUUGGUGGAGAAGCUUUCUGAAUUAUCAGAAGUUGGAGAAUCUGCUGAUACACCUGGUAUCAAUACUAAUGCAACAACAAAGGAAGUUCACUUUAAAGAAACCCCGAAGGACUGGAUAGAGAAGGCUGAUAGGCAAGGAGUAGAUCUGAAUGAACGGGAAGUUAGAACCAGACUAAAAGAUCUGGGUCUGCAAACUGAAGUGCCAGUCCCCUCAAAUUCUAAAGCUGAAGAUGCGUUUGUCCGUGGACCCUGUGAGACUCAUCCUAUGCUACAAAAGACGGAUGAGACAGCUGCUGUUGACAUACCCAGAUACAGGAUGCAAGAUUCCAGUGAGGAGGAAGCGAUAAGUAUGAUAAACAGCAAAAGUUCAUUGGAAGAAUUGGAGGAUUCAAGAACUAAUGCAUCUGUUGAUGAAGAAACUACAGUUCAAAGAGAUGAUGACCAUGUUUCUGACCCUGAGCAGAAACUAGUUUCUCUAAGAGAACAGGCCUGCAAGAUAAGAUGUGAGAUUGAAAAAUUACGAAGUCAAGAAAAAGUGCUCAAGGGGGAGGUAUCCGCAAAGACCUUAGAAUCAGAGCAUCUAGAAGAAGAGCAUGAGUUGUUGAAAGCAGCGGCAGAAAUGGCAUUUGAUGAGCAACAUCCAGCUGAGUUUUACGUUGUGCAGUUCAAUGAGCAAAUAGAUGCAAGGCGGCAAAAGCUUGUGGAGCUGGACUCACAGUGGGAUACCCUUAGAAAACCUUUGGAAGAGAAAAGGAGAAGUCUUGAGGAGGUUCUUUCUGCAACAAAACCAGAGACUCAAGAAAAGCUUCAAAAAUUGAAAGAUAUUGAGCUGGAUAUACAGCAUGUCUUAUCUGAAACUAAAAGGAGAGAGGAGGAACAUUGUAAACUUUCAGCAGACCUUCAGAAAAAGCCCAAGUUGGCAUCUAGGAGAUCUUAUAUUCAGCGGGUCAUGGAGAUCACUAAGAACAGCAGGAAGCAGGAUGCAGAUAUAGAGCGGAUUCUAAAAGAAACGAGGGAGCUUCAGUUAGAGAGUAACUCUAUUCAAGAGCGCCUUCAUCGAACUUAUGCAGUGGUUGAUGAAACCGUGUUCAGGGAAGCAAAGAAAGAUCCAGUAGCACGGGAAUGUUACAGACUCCUCACCAGCAUCCAUGAGAGCUUCGAACAUAUCUCAGAAAAAAUCCUCGCCACUGAUAGGACGCAAAGGGAAGUGGCUGAACAUGAAGCCAAACUUGCAGCUUUGACCUCCCGAAGCAUAAACAUUGACAAGCUACAAGCAGAUCUUGAUGCCAUCAGAAAGGAAAACGAAUUCCUUGAGCAACAUGAUACUCAAAAUAUUAAAGCUCAUCCUCUCUAAAACCUUUCUUUCAUCUGCAAAUAGAGAUCAAUACUUGAUUGUAAUCAUUUCAAAAUAUGAAUAACACUGUAAACAUUUUCAUUCCCAUUUAUUUCCACAAAAAGAAAAGAAAAUAUAAAUUAUGAAUCCGCUGAUUAAUUCA